CUAAAAGCAAACGCUGCGGUAGACAAGUGCAGUCCGAUGAGAUUCGCGAAGCAUGUUAUCAUUUACCACCUGUAGCCGAUGUCGCAGCGGGACAUGUCCGAGGUGGAGCCCGAAGGUUCGUCAGCGUUGGCCGAUGGAUCAAGGGCUUUGUUCCUGGAGACUGUGCGCCGAAGUAAUGCAGCAUGUCAGAACGGCGAUUACUCUUUAGCCGCUACGCUUUACACCGAGGCACUUGCCCUUGAUCCCCUCAGUCAUGUACUUUAUUCCAACCGAUCGGCUGCUAGACUCAAGAUGGGCAUGUUUGCCUUGGCGCUGCAGGAUGCUGUUAGGGCUACGGAGCUUAGUCCACAAUGGCCAAAGGCAUACUACCGGCAAGGCGUAGCUCUACAAUGCCUGGGUCGUUACGGCGAGGCUUUGGUAGCCUUCAGCGUAGGCUUAGCCCGAGAGCCAAGCAACCAGCAGUUAAUCUCAGGUCUGGUGGAGGCGUCUUUGAAAUCACCAUUACGUACGACUCUGGAGCCGACAUUUCAGCAGCUUCAGGCGAUGAAACUCGACGAGUCGCCGUUUGUAGUGAUAUCGGUUGUCGGCCAGGAGCUACUUGGCGCCGGACAAUACAGAGCUGCAGCUGGUGUACUCGAAGCCGCAUUGUCAAUUGGCUCGUGUAGCUUGAAAUUGAGGGGCAGCGUGUUCUCGGCGUUGUCGAGCGCUUACUGGGCGCUCAACUCACUGGACAAGGCGAUUGGGUAUAUGCAGCAGGAUUUAGAAGUGGCACGUUCGCUGGGCGACACGCAAGGCGAAUGUCGUGCCCACGGCAAUCUCGGCUCGGCUUACUUUAGCAAGGGUAGCUUCAAAGAAGCACUCACAGCUCACCGCUACCAGCUCGUGUUAGCGAUGAAGUGUAAGGACACCCAAGCAGCGGCAUCGGCGUUAACGAGUCUUGGUCACGUGUAUACGGCGAUUGGUGAUUUACCCAAUGCACUUGCCUCGCACAAACAAUGCGUUCAACUGGUGAAACAAAUCGGUGACAAAUUACAAGAGGCUCGAGAGAUCGGCAACGUCGGUGCCGUUUAUCUUGCCAUGGGCGAAUUUGAAAGCGCGGUUGACUGCCAUACACAGCACCUAAGAAUAGCACGUCGCCUGGCUGAUAAAGUCGAAGAGGCGCGAGCUUUCAGUAACUUGGGCUCCUCUCACCACUUUCGACGAAACUUCGGCCAAGCCAUGACGUAUCACGAGAAUGUGUUGAGAAUCGCUCAAGAAUUAGGUGACAAAGCCAUUGAAACGCGUGCCUACGCAGGACUUGGACAUGCAGCUCGUUGUGCUGGUGACUUGCGGCAAGCAAAGCUCUGGCAUCAACGUCAAUUAGACGUUGCCUUAACGACGAAAGAUAAGGUUGCCGAGGGUCGAGCUUGCAGUAAUCUCGGCAUCGUGUAUCACAUGUUGGGCGAUCACGAUGCUGCAUUAAAACUGCAUCAAGCCCAUCUUGGCAUCGCUAGGACGCUUGGCGAUCGAGCUGGCAUGGGCCGAGCUUAUGGGAACAUUGGAAACGCUUACAACGCGCUCGGCUACUACGAGCAAGCUAUCAAGUAUCAUAAGCAGGAGCUUACCAUUAGUAAAGAGGUAAACGACAGAAGUUCCGAAGCAAGUACCCACGGAAACCUCGCCGUAGCCUACCAAGCGGUACAAAGCCAUGAAGCAGCGUUACGCCAUUAUCGUGCCCACUUAGCCAUAGCACGGGAACUCAAGGAUGCAGCGGGCGAAGCUUGCGCCUUACUUAAUCUCGCCAAUUGUUUAUCCUCGAGAGGACGAUUCGAGGAGGCCAUACCGUAUUACGAGAAUUACCUAAUGCUCUCGCAAGAGUUACACGACGUCGAGGGUGAGGGCAAAGCUUGCCAUUUUUUAGGGUACGCACAUUACUGUCUAGGUAACCAUCGAGAAGCCGUGAGGUAUUACGAUCAGGACCUGGCGUUAGCAAAGGAUCUGCAGGAUAAGUCCGGAAUGGGUAGAGCUUAUUGCAAUCUUGGAUUAGCUCAUCUUGCGCUAGGUAAUUUGGACACUGCCUUGGAGUGCCAGAAGUAUUAUUUAGCCAUAGCCCACAUGAUGAAAAACGUGGCAGGCAAAUUCCGCGCGCUGGGUAACAUUGGCGACUGCCUGUUACGUCUGGGUGACAUCGACGAGGCCAUAAAGAUGCACCAGCGUCAGCUGAAUCUUGCGCGUCAAGCGGCCGAUCGUAGCCUCGAGGCUGCAGCUUACGGUGCACUGGGAGUAGCUCAUCGAGCAACUAGAAAUCUUGACAAAGCCUUGGGUUUUCACACACAAGAAUUGACGCUGAGGCAGGAAGCAAGUGACUUGAGAGGCGAAUGCAGAGCACACGGUAAUCUCGGCGCGGUACACAUGGCGCUUGGCCAAUACACUCACGCUGUCAAGUGUUACCAAGAGCAACUCGACAGAGCCAGGGAAUUGGGCGACUCAAGCGUCGAAGCGCAAGCUUUGGGCAACAUGGGCAUUGCUAGAUUGAAUAUGGCUCACUACGAAGAUGCGAUUGGUUACUUUGAGCAACAGUUGACUACUUUGGAACCACUUGUCAGCAAUGUCGCCUUGCUCGAUAAAGCUCGUGCUUUGGGUAACUUGGGCGACUGUUACGAAGCGUUGGGAGAUCCAAAUGAGGCGAUCAAGUAUCAUGAACAGCAACUUGCCGCGGCAGCUCGUUUGCGAAGCACCAAAGAUCAAGAGCGAGCUUAUCGUGGGUUGGGCAGAGCUAGAGAAGCGUCUGGCAACUUUCAGGAAGCUCUAGUGUGUUUCGAAAAGAGAUUGUUAGCAGCUCACGAAGCUGAUAGUCCAGAAGCAAGAAGUGCAGCUUACGGCGAUCUCGGAAGAAUUCACGCAGCGAUGAGUAACUAUGAGCAGGCAGUUAGUUGUCUAACUCAUCAAUUAACUAUCGCGAGGAAUCUCGGAGACAAAGCUGCCGAGGCUGAAGCUGCUAGUGGACUCGGCGCGGUGCAUCUGUUGAUGGACGAUCAUAAUGCAGCGUUGCAACAUCACGAAUUGGAACUCACGAUCGCUGAAAGCCUCGAGGACACAGGAUUGCAAGCUCGAGCCUGUGCUAAUUUGGCUGCUACGCAGGAAGCUCUGGGCCAGCUGGAGGAAGCUGUGAAGUUACAGGAACAGUCGCUGAGCCUCGCUGCGGCGGCUUCUGAUUUACCUGCUAGGGCAGCUGCUUUCUCGAGUCUUGGACGAUUACAUCAUCUAGGCGGUGAUUUACCGCGAGCAUUAAGCUACUUACAAUCUGGACUUUCGUUGUACGAGAGCCUGAAUCAGCGAGAAGAGGCAGCUCGAUUACGCCAUCGACUGGGUUUAGUACACUGGGAAGCGGGCGAAGCAUCGAUAGCCGUUGAACAGUUGGAAAAAACUGUAACUUUGUUAGAAUCUCUUAAAGGACAGAAUUUUAAUUUAACAAUUCUGCCUAGUUUUAACAAGCAGCCCAAUAGAAUAGAAUUAUUAAUACAGACAUAUCGUAUGCUGCAAAAAAUUCUGGUUAGUCUUGAAAGAGCUGAAGAAGCCCUUACUUGGGCUGAAAGGUCGAGGAGAAUGAAAGAAGGCGCGAGCGGCGAUGCUACUCAUUAUUCAGAAAUCGUUGAUCGACAACGAGGAAUUGUUCUGUACUACAGUGAGAUAGACGAUGAGCUACACAGUUGGUGUCUAGCACCAGGUCGCGGCCUUUUGCGAUUCCACUCAACAAGCUUAGCUGACAGUCCGUCUCUGGAAAAACGCGUGACGGAGGCACGAGAAGCUUUGCUACUUGGUGAUUCGGCGUGUGACCCUGCGACACUAGACGAUAAUUGUCAACCGAAAAUACCAAGUCGUGGUCAUCAUCUCAACGCUAGUUCGUACAGCUUGAGCAGUCUCUUUAGCGUUGGUUCUCUUAGCUCAAGAGCUGGUAGUGCCAGAUGGGCACAACAACGUGGUGGUCCAGUUUGGCAACCACCUGCAGCUCUUCAGAGUUUAUACGAGUUGAUGUUAACGCCGUUCGAAGAUUUGCUACCGUUGCCGAGAAAAGAACUGACCCUUGUGGUUGAAGAAUCUUUGUAUCUAGCGCCGUUACCUGCUUUGCAAGCUAGCGCUGGUGAAGAUUACCUUUGCGAGAGAUUCUCUUUAUUAGUGGUACCUUCUCUAAGUGCACUUAAACGACGUGCUAAAACGCCGAUGCCAGAGGGUAGUGCCACAGUAGCUGCUCUCGUCGUUGGUAAUCCAGUCGUACCGGAGAAGACUCGCGAAGAACAUGGAUGGACCGAAAGUUUAUCGUCUGCUGAGACUGAGGCUAAUAUCGUUGCUGAACUACUGGAAACUAGACCUGUAGUCGGUAUCGAGGCAACUCGCUCAGCUGUACUCCGCAGCCUACCCGACGCCGAAUGCAUACAUAUGACGUUGCCAGUUUUCUGGACAGAUAAUCCAAGCUUCGCUCUUUCCGCUGAGCAGUGCGAAGAACCAAGCGAUAAGCCAGAAUAUCUUCUCGACUGUUGCGCAGAUAUACAACGAUUGUCAGCGCGACUAGUCGUCGUAUCAAGUAGUCACUGGAGUAACGAUCCCAGUACUACCAUCGACGUACCUGGAGUUCAACGUCUCGUUCGUGCACUUAUCAAAGCUGGAACUCAAUGCGUUCUCAUCGGUAUGUGGCCUAUACCACCUACUGCUGGAAGUAUUCUGUUAAGGGCGUUCUACAGUGCCAUGCUGCAAGGGCAAAAAGCUUCGAGGGCUCUCGCUGAGGCUAUGCAGACUGUGCAACAUACUAGGCAUUUUGCUCAUCCGGCCAAUUGGGCUGGUUGGUUACUUUUGGGUGGGGAUACGCGAUUGUCUAAUAAGGUGGCAUUAAUGGGUCAAGCAUUAGCCGAACUUUUGCGCAGCGGUCCUGAACAAUGCAGAGAUGCACUUCGGGUAACACUUCAUCUCGUUGAAAAGUCACUACAGCGAAUUCAUUGCGGUCAGAAAAACGCCAUGUAUACCACACAAAAAAGCAUCGAGAACAAAGUUGGCACCGCUACCGGUUGGCGUGAACUACUCAUGUCAGUUGGAUUCAGAUUCGAACCAGCGGGUAAUGGUAUACGACCGUCGGUAUUCUUCCCUCAAAGCGAUCCAGAGGAGAGAUUGACAAGAUGUAGUGCGAGCUUGCAAGCUCUCUUAGGACUUGGUCAGCAGUCGUUACACGCGCUUGUUCGAUUACUGCAGGCACCGGAAGCAGCGGAAGACGUUAUUGCGGCUAUGCGACGUGCAAGCUGUGCGAUCGAAGGUCAAGAAAUCAGACUACCUGUUCGAGUUUGGCGUGCUACUGGUUCACACGAGCUUUUCGCUAGUUUAGGAUUCGAUUUGAUGGAAGUUGGUCAGUUAGAGGUGACUUUGAGAACUGGAAAACAAGCCUCGAGACGUGCAGUGCAAUUUGCACUUCAGGCGUUACUCGCACUAUUCGAUACUCAAGAAGCUCCAAACAGUUUGAGUUUAGAUUCAAGCAGUUCGAUGGAAAGUUUAGCAUCUGUUCCACAAACAGACGGGCGACUUUCCGAAAGACCAUGCGGUGCCUUUGCUAGCUACGUGAGACAUCGUGGUGAACCUGAUGGCAAGACUAUGGAAACACCUAGUUUGUCACUUUCACGACUCAACUGUCCAAACGGUCACGACGAAGAAAUUGAAGCUUAUGGGCCAAUUACACCGGCAGGUUCAACACGACCGCGCAAUCACUAUCAAGAUCAGAUUAGCGGUAACGUUCGCCCUGCUUCAAGUUCAAGCGGUUCGAUUACCGAUUGGGAAAGCGCUGGACAAAGCACGGUUCUCCGGCGUCAACCUCUACCUUCUCUUCCACCUUUAGUUCUCGAACGAUUGAGUGUACGCACUGAGCUCGGUACUACGUGUUCUCGAAAAUCAUCGCAAUCGAACAACACUGAGCCAACGAAUAAACAUCAAGAGUCCUUGCAAAAUUCUGAACUGCCACAUCAUAGCCACACUAAUGUGAGAAAGAUGACAAGUCUCACACGCGAGCUGACGCCUACUAUUUCGGAUGUCUAUCACGAAAGGAAUAUUGGUUUGGGUUUAGCUCCGUCGUUGUCAAAAUUAUUGGAGGAAGUCGGCGGUUGUCCUGUUUCUGAGAACGAAGAACCACCUGAGAUGAAUGUCAUUGUUGGGCAUAGUCAAACUACCAAUUGGUUGCAGAGCGAUGCGGAACUUUGUCGCAGGGAUGAAGCUGAUGGACGAUCUAUAGCCGAGUCGCAGUGCAGCGCAACAAGUAGUAAUAAAAUUCGUAGAAAAGCUCCACCACCUCCGGUUUAAAAGAAAGAACUUUUACAUAGUUUUAAUAUUUAUGAGUAACAAUGGUAUACCUCGUAAUGUAGUACGUACUGAAAAUAUUCUGAGAAUA